CAAAUGUGUGUUUAAUACGAUCAAAACUUUUGGUGGGCUCAAGUUUGGUAGUGAUAUAUAGUUGGCUUCAUUUAUUGCAUAUUUAGAGGGCUAUAAAAUAUUGUGAUAAUUUGCAUGUACUCAAACAUGGCUUCCACAAUUUGUAUGAUUUUGCUAGUGUGCAGUUGUGUCAUUUUGAGGUGUGCAAGAUGUGAGGGAGGCCUUUCGUGGACUUACUAUGAUGUUUCAUGUCCCAACUUGGAACCUAUUGUCAGACAACAGCUUAACAAAGUGUUGAAGAAUGACAUCACCCAAGCUGCCGGAUUGCUUCGUCUCCAUUUCCAUGAUUGCUUUGUCCAAGGGUGCGACGGGUCGGUGCUGCUAGAUGGGUCGACGAGCGGGCCCGGGGAGCAGUCGGCGCCGCCCAACCUGAGCCUGAGGGCGGAGGCCUUCAAGAUUAUCAACGAUCUCAGGCGGAGGGUUCAUGACAAGUGCGGUAGGGUUGUGUCUUGUGCGGAUAUUGUGGCCCUUGCUGCGCGUGAUGCUGUUUUCCUCUCCGGCGGCCCUGACUACAGCAUUCCUCUAGGCCGGCGCGACUCCCUCAACUUCGCCACCAUCAACGAAACCCUAGCCAACCUCCCACCACCGUCGAGCAACACCUCAGCCCUCCUCACAUCCCUGGGCACCAAGAACUUCACCGCCACGGACGUGGUGGCGCUGUCGGGCGGCCACACCAUCGGCGUGGCCCACUGCACCUCCUUCACCAGCCGCCUCUAUCCCAGUCAGGACCCCUCCAUGGACAAAACAUUCGGCAACAACCUGAAAGCCACGUGCCCGGCCGCCAACUCCAGCAACACCACCGUCCUUGACCUCCGGUCGCCCAACACAUUCGACAACAAGUAUUACGUGGACCUCAUGAACCGCCAGGGCCUCUUCACCUCUGACCAAGACCUCUACACCGAUCCCAGAACCCGCCCCACUGUCACCGCCUUCGCCAUCAACCAGACUCUGUUCUUCGAAGACUUUGUCGCCGCCAUGAUCAAGAUGUCGCAGCUGGGCGUGCUGACAGGGAGUCAGGGCGAAAUUCGCGCCAACUGUUCAGUUAGGAAUUCAGACAAUGUGUUGGUCUCUUCGGUUGGAGAAGGAAAGGAGGCGCGCUAUGAUUUUUAAGGGCUUUGUGUAAAUUCCACACAUGUAUGUUAUGAUGAAUAAUACCCUUGUUGUAAUAACUAACUCAAUCCUAUUUGGUCGCUCUCAACGACACAAAAUUAUCUAAUGAAAAACCAAGUAAAUAUUCAUGAUCUAGAA